AUGUCACAUAGAUUUUUCUUUUGGAAAUUGGAUUCGUUCGGCAUUAGCGGACCGAAAUCAAAACUCCGUACAACGAUUGCGCGAUCUCUUUUUCCCAGAAUACCUGUUCUCCUUCUCUCCUUCCCAUCUGAUCUGCACUCCAAUAUGAGCUCGAUCAAUGUCUUGAGAGCCUCUGUUAUUCAAGCAUGCACUCAUGCAUAUUCUUUACCGGAAACAUUGGAGAAGAUGGAACGGUUAACAUCCGAGGCAAAAGACAGUGGAGCAAGGUUGGCUGUAUUUCCUGAGGCGUUGUAUGUUGAUGAAAGCGAACUACGAAAAAAAGUCUACUCAUUCUAA